GGGAAUGGGAGAGUGGGAGAGCCGGAAGAGUGGACGCAAGGAAUAUUCCAUUGGGCAAAGCCUGUCAACGUUAGCACCAUUCACUGUUCAGUUUAACAUAAAUUCAAGUGAAUUUUAAAGAGAAACGUGCACGCGGUGAAGAUGUGGAAGGCAGCAGCUGGCCAGUCUGUGAAGGUCGCAGUGGAUGACGGAGGGGACGACUGGGAAACAGACCCAGACUUUGAGAACGAUGUGUCUGAGAAAGAGCAGCGAUGGGGUGCCAAGACCGUGGCAGGCUCAGGACACCAAGAACACAUCAACAUCCAUGCCCUGCGGGACAAAGUGUCCUCCGAGCACUCCACCCUGAAGGCCAAGGAGCUGGAGAACAUGCCCAAGGCUUCCCUCGGCUACGGCGGCAAGUUUGGCAUCCAGGAGGACCGCAUGGACAGCUCGGCUGUGGGUCAUGACUACCAGAGCAAGCUCUCCAAGCAUUGCUCUCAGACAGACACCUCCAAAGGCUUCGGUGGCAAGUUUGGGGUGCAGGACGAUCGCGUUGACAAGUCCGCUGUGGGUUUUGAAUAUGCUGGGAAGACGGAGAAGCAUGCCUCGCAGAAAGACUACUCCACGGGGUUUGGUGGUCGCUAUGGUGUGCAGACCGACCGCGUGGACCAGAGUGCCCUGGGCUUUGAUUACCAGGGCAAGACCGACAAGCACGAGUCCCAGAAAGACUACUCUAAAGGUUUUGGCGGGAAGUUCGGUGUGGAGACGGACAAGGUGGACAAGAGUGCUGUCGGCUUUGAGUACCAGGGCAAGACCGAGAAGCACGAGUCACAGAAAGACUAUGUGAAGGGUUUCGGUGGCAAGUUUGGCGUGCAGGCUGACCGCCAAGACAAGUCAGCUGUGGGCUGGGACCACCAGGAGAAACUGCAGUUGCACGAGUCCCAGAAAGACUACAAACGUGGUUUCGGAGGGAAGUACGGGGUAGAGGCCGGCAAGCAGGACAAGUGUGCACUGGGCUUUGAGCACAAGGAGGCCCCGGCCAAACACGAGUCUCAACAAGACUACUCCCAUGGCUUCGGAGGCAAGUUUGGGGUGCAGAAGGACAGAAUGGACAAGAGUGCCGGGACCUUCGAGGAGGUUGCGAAGCCUGCGUCUGGCUACCAGAAGACCAAGCCCGUGGAAGCAGCCAGUGCCAACACGGGCAGCAUCAAGGCACGCUUUGAGAACAUCGCCAAGACGAAGGAGGAGGAGGACCGCAAGCGGGCAGAGGAGGAGCGGUCGCGGCGCCAGGCCAAGGAGAAGCAGGAGCAGGAGGAGGCGCGACGCAAGCAGGAGGAGGCAGCCAAAGCCAAACCUCCAUCCCCCGUGCCCAGUCCCACCCCGUCACCCACCCCAUCACCCACCCCUGCCGCUCAGCCAGACCCAGAGCCUGAACCCGAACCAGAGCCUGAACCAGAGCCUGUGUAUGAGGACACCCAGGAUCAGUACGUGGAGCCCGCUCAGGAGAGGGCUGAGAACGGGGAGGCCAUCUACGAGGCCGAGCCUGCCGCCGCCCCCGCUCCCGCACAGCAGACCUACGAGGAGACCCCCCAGGAGGACCUCUACCAGAACGUGGAAGCCGAUGGCGAGGACCUGGGGGUGACUGCUGUGGCCCUGUACGACUACCAGGCUGCUGGAGACGACGAGAUCUCCUUCGACCCGGACGACAUCAUCACCAACAUCGAGAUGAUCGACGAGGGCUGGUGGAGGGGCGUGUGCCGGGGGGCCUACGGACUCUUUCCCGCCAACUACGUGGAGGUUCGCCAAUGAGGCCUCAGUCAGUCAGAGCUGUUGCCUAGCAACCUAACACCAAACCCCACCCCACCCUACCCCAAAAUAUACCCCACCCUCCACCCCACUGCGCCUUACCUGCCAAGCCCCCACUCCCUGGAGGAGAGAGGCCCCUCCCAUUAGUUAUAUAUAUUAAAAAAACCUAUCUUUUGUUUCUUUUUUUUAAAUGAUUUCCUUAACUCAUCCUUCUCUCUUUCUCAUUUGUUUUUCUUUCGUUAUUAUUUCCAGUCAUCCUCCUGUCUCUAUGUCCUAUUUAUCUUGGCCUAUCGACGGUGCUUCUCUUCUCAAAAAGUUUCAGGCAUUCUCAGGACUGUCAGCACUGCUGCCUUCUCUUUUUUUUCUAUUGUUUUUGUUUUUUUUCUCUGGUCUCCACUCCUCCUUCUCCUCCUAUUCAACUCUCUCUCCUUCCUGGUUUUCAUCCCUGGAGGAGGUGCAGUGGUAAGCGUGGAGUGGAGCGUGGGGGGAGAAAAGGGAGAGGAGGAGGAGGAGGAGGAGGAGUUACCUGACUGUACACCUCCUCCCUGAUGGUUGGUAGGGCUCCUAACAGAUCAAAUUCAUUCUCCUCCAUAACAAGCUAUAGUUGUUUCUCAUACGCUCUUUUACGUCUCUCUCUCUCUCUCUCUCUCUCUCUCUCUCUCUCUCUCUCUCUCUCUCUCUCUCUCUCUCUCUCUCUCUCUCUCUCUCUCUCUCUCUCUCCUCAUCAUCAUGUGCAUUAGAAAGACAUGCCUGCCUGUCCCUCUGGCCUGUCCCCCUCCGCAGUAGACCUGGUGUAGACCUGAUGGGUCGUGAGGUCCACAUGUCUCUCCUCUCAGCCUCACAGCACAGGUCUCGUUAGGGUCUUAGGGUCUCCUCUCAGCACAGGUCUCGUUAGGGUGUUAGGGUCUCCUCUCAGCACAGGCCUCGUUAGGGUCUUAGGGUCUCCUCUCAGCACAGGUCUCGUUAGGGUGUUAGGGUCUCCUCUCAGCCUCACAGCACAGGCCUCCUUAGGGUGUUGGGGUUCGGAUCGCCAAAGAUGAGCGAGCUUCAUUCAUUCUCCUGCCUGCAGUAAAAUAGAGGGGAUGCAUUCAGCGCUCCAUGCUUAGAGAUGUCAUCAUAUGUGGAUGCCAGCGCUGCAUGCUUUAGAGAUGUCAUAUGUGGAUGCUUCUUCUCCUUUGCUCUCUCCAAGGAGAUCCCCAGGCCCCUCGAGUUUUACUCGCAUACGCACUUGUAGUAUUCACAGAGACUUGCUUCACUUUGGACUUAAUGGCUAUCGUAGCUUAUUGUAACUUUUUUCAGCUGCUCUAAUUGUUUUCUCUCUCUUUUUUUUUUAAUUGUUAUUUGGUAUGCGGUAACUCUUGUAUUUACUAUGAUGAUGAUGAUGAUGAUAAUGAUAAUGACAGAAAAAUUGAAAACAAACAAAAAAAAAAAGAAAAAAAAAAUCCCUUAUGGACAGUCUCUCUGCAGUAUCUAGAUGGACUCCACUGGUGUGUUGGUGUGAAAGGCAUUAUGAACGGCACUGCUGCACACACAUGAUCAGGGUGGGGGAAACAAAAAAGAUGAACUGACUUACUAGUCGCAGUAAUGUACAGUAGAGUGUUCAUCUGGAGGUGAAGAUUGUUCAGAGCAGGGCUCUAAAUUGACACCAGACAACCGGCCAAAUGCUGAUGAAAUUUCAAUUUGUCUGGUAGAAAAGACCAACUUACUAGCCACUUUGACCCAUUAGUGAGUGUGUGUUUGGCUAGUAAGAUUAACAUCUACUGGCCACUUUGGCUGGCGAUGAAAAAAGUAAAGUUUAGAGCCCUGGUUCAGAGUAUAUACUGUAUAGUAUGACGAGAGGAUAACAGUGUUUUAAAGUAAAUAUAUUGAGGCGUCACAGCAGCAGAUCCAUUCUUCCUGUAUGUGUGCUGUAAUAGUGUCAUGUCAUGUGUGGCGGUCGGAUGCCUGUUGUCCCUGUUCUGUCUCGUCAGCAUGCCCUGCUGUGCUGUGUCUCACACUCACACGUCAUCUCGAAAGGGUUUCUGUUCAGUUUCGGUGUUGUGGGUUCCAUGUGGCCUGCUUAUAACGUGCUCUUUGUCAUCCAUCAAUAACACAUUUUAGCCUGAGUGGCGGGAAUGAUUGAUUUAUUUGAGGCUCUUUUUUUGUGUUUCUGUUUUGUUGGGGGAGUUUUGUUUUGAUUUUGUUUUUGGUUCUAAAACAUGACACUGUGUGACGCGUCUUAAUUUUAACCAAUGAUGACAAUCCCAUUCUGUUGCCAUGGGAAUCGUUUCGAGUCUGUGGAAUGAAAUGAUGUGUAUGAGUGAUAUAAAUGACUUCAUCGGGUUGGGGUUUUUUUGUAAUAAAGUGACCUUUACAAAUA